UGACACCAGAAGUAGAUUAAAAAAGUUUUAUCUCCCGCUUUCCGAUGUAGCGCCGUCACGUUGCCAUAGCAAUGGACUGGAGUAAACUGGACAAGACACUCGUCCAGUUUCAGGCACGUGCACGUGGAUAUUUGUUGAGAAAGGAAUUGGCCCGUGCGCGAGAAGACUUUGAAGACAUCGUGAAAGAGAUCGAUGGAGACUUGACACACGUGCAGUGGAAGGACACGAUUAUUAUCGCCACACCCCACUUCACUGACACUGACGACCCAUUUCCGCCCAGCAGUGAUGUGAGUUUGCCUUCAGAUCCAGGGCUAGAUGUCAGUGCCAGGCCUCAGAGCCCGGCAGCAUCGGCAGCAUCCUUAUCGUCGGACAGAGGGGGUGAUCAGACUCUCCUCUCACAGAGGACAGAAGCUGAGAGGGAUGAUUCAGAAACCAACAGCAAACCCCAUCUUUCAAGAGAUGUGGAGGAUGCCAGACAGAAGGACCAGGAGGAAGAUAAAGAUGGAGGACUGAUGGAGAGCACAGGAAACUCCACCACCAUCUGGAGCAGUUUGGAGCUGGAUGUGAGCAACAGUCACCAUCACCAGGGUCUCCGGCAGUACUGCUCGGCUCAGGAGGUGCCCUGCACACCGGAGGCCUUGCGUCUCCAUAGAAACGCGCUGACCAUGGAGCUGGUCUGGCUACAACAGGCCAUUGACAGCAGGAAAAAGUAUUUGUCUCUGAAGGACAGACUGACCAUGUCCUGACAGCAGAAGCAAGUGAAUGUAAUAAUGUGGGACUGGAGCCUUGACAGCUGUCAGUCAACACGUUGUCAAAGCAGUUUUCUACAAAAGCGUUGAUCGUGUGCUCGAUGAAUCAUGUACAGUGUU